UUCGAUCCACUGCCCCCGAAAUAUGUAAAUUGUUAGUGUCUAAUGUCAUUUUUUGUCCUGCUCUGGCUAGGGAGCUGGCUGCUACACCUGAUAUAAGAAAACACACACAAACAGACAUGAGCAUCGAGGACCGAUUGAUUUGUCCACAUCUUCUGCGGGGCAGAUCGCCCAACUCAAUUGCCUACAGUAUGAAUCCCAAUUGGUUUCAUCAGGAGGACCUGCUGCGGUCCGUCUACAGCGAACAGGACCUGCAAUCGGAAUGCCAAAUUAUGGGUCUAAUGAUGUCCGUGUCCAGGUCAAGGCGGUCGCUGCACCCGUCUGUCCUCAGACGAGUCGGAGGCAUGGACAACAAAACGCAACCCGAACCAACCGAUGCCGACGUGGUCUUUGGCAUUUGCGACAAAUCGCCACCAGAGCUUCGCUGUGGCUGGGGCAAAUCCCGCAUCGAGUGGCUGUGGCAGCUGGAGCGACAGAAAAAGCUGAACCAAGCCUGGUUAGAGCCGUGCGGCAGCAUCGACCUGGCCAGAAGUGGUAGCCGCACUAGUACUGACAUCCGUGGCAAGAACAAGGGCAAGAGCAGGCGGCAUCAACCAGGCUGCUGGUCCUGGAUGCGUCACAGCUGCGGCUUGGGCCUCGAUUCUGGCAGCCUGGACAGCCUGGACGUGCCCUACUGCUGCCGCGAGACGAGUUCGUGAUUCCGACAACUUCUUCGUCGACAACUUUUUGGGCACAACCGAAACUCUCCAAAACUGUCUACAACAGUUCCACUCUGUGGCGGGCAACUGGCAGGAUGGGACCGCCGCCUGAUUCCCCCAAACUCAAGUCAGUGCAUAAUUUGAUGAAUUUGUCAAGUGCUUGCCAUUGGUAUCUUUCUCUCUCUCUCCCUCUCUUACUAUCUGUGGCAAGUUGUAGACCAAGUUUUCAGCGGCAAUUGAAAUCGGUGCGAGAUCUGAAUUUGGCCUUAGGUUCUGCCAGGCAUUCAAUGACUUUACUUUUCAUAGGAAGUUGGGGCAAAGAGUAGGUAUGAAGUUGUAGUAUGAAUAAAGUAGCAUAAAGUCAGUGCUAC